AUGGCUGCCGCGAUGACUGUUAGAGAGUUUUACAACGGCAAGAAUGUACUACUUACUGGCGGCACUGGAUUCAUGGGAAAAGUCCUCAUCGAGAAGCUUCUGUACUCUAUCCCUGACAUAGGUCUUAUCUAUGUAUUAAUAAGACCCAAACGAGGCAUGUCAGUGAAACAACGUUUAGAAGAAAUGUUGAAGUUACCGUUGUUCGACAGAAUCAAAAACGAAUGCCCAAAUGUUUUAAAGAAACUGAAACCGUUGCAAGGUGAUGUCUUAUUAGAAAACUUUGGGCUGGUGGACUCCGAAAUUGAACGUUUAUCGAAAGAAAUUUCUGUGGUGUUCCAUUUUGCCGCUACGUUGAAACUUGAAGCCCCUUUGAAAGACAAUGUAAACAUGAACACCUGUGGCACGUUACGUACCAUAAAUGUCGCUAGAAGGCUUAAGAAUCUACUCGCUAUUGUCCAUCUUUCGACUGCUUUCUGCUAUCCUGAUUAUGAAGUUUUAGAAGAAAAGAUGCACGCACCCCCUGUUAAAGCAGAAGAUGUGAUGCGGCUAAUCGAAUGGAUGGAUGACAAGCAACUCUCUGUCGUCACACCGACGUUGUUCGGCGCACAACCAAACAGCUACACAUUCUCCAAGCGGCUUGCCGAGUGUGUAGUGGCCCAAAACUUCGAUGAUCUUCCAGUUGUUAUAGUGCGGCCUAGCAUAGUGUGUCCAGCUAUACUCGAACCUAUACCUGGCUGGGUCGAUAGUUUGAAUGGACCGGUGGGUCUAAUGCUGGGCGCCGGUAAAGGCGUCAUCCGAAGCAUGCUCUGCGACGGCAGUCUAAUCGCUCAAGUGAUCCCAGUAGACACUGCUAUUAACGCUAUUAUCGCUAUAGGAAUGUUGGAAGGAAGUAGGACUGAGAAGCCCGCUGAAAUCCCCAUUUACAAUGUGAACAUCGGACAUCAAAAACCCACGACGUGGGGUGAAGUUCUUAAUAUUGCCAAGAUUUACGGUCGUAAACAACCGCUUGCUUGGCCGCUGUGGUAUCCCAAUGGAGAUAUCACCACCAGCCGAACUCUGCACAAUUUUCAGCGUGUUUUCUACCAUUUACUACCAGCUUACGCCAUCGAUUUUUUACUGAUGAUUCUCGGACAAAAACGCUUCAUGGUAAGAGUACAAAAUAAAGUCAGCCAGGGCUUAGAAGUGCUUCAAUACUUUACUAUGAGGUCUUGGGUGUUCCCGUGUCCAAAUUAUGAAAGCAUUCAUAAGAAGCUUAACGAGGAAGAACGCGUAAUUUUCAACACAGACUUAUCUACAGUAGAUCGUGAGAAGUAUAUCGAAAAUUGCGUGGAGGGUGGACGCGUAUUCUGCGUUAAGGAGGACCCUUCUAAUAUACCAUACAACAGAAUGUACCAUAAUUUCUUGUACGUCGUCGACUGGAUUGUGAAGAUCUUUUUCUGGCUCCUGGUUCUUUCAUUCUUGGCAGCAUGGUUCGAACCAGUGAAGACCUUGCUGUCAUACGGCGGGCCUGUCGUGAAACACUUACCGUUCGUGGGUCGCGCGGUUUUUAACGAAAAAAACUGA